CUCUCCGUCUUCUUUUUCUUUUUCUUUUCGACAACUCUUUCUUUCUCCUUUCUUCAGGAAAGAAAUUUAUCAUUUUCCUUCGAUUCUCAGUGUUGGGUUUGUUUGGGUAUUCUGAUAUUCUUUUUUUUUGCCAAAGAGGAAAAAAAGGGGACACCCAGAUUUUUUCCAUCAAUUUUUGUGAGAUCGUGAUGGGUUGUUUUGGAUGCUCUGGGAAACCGAGCAAACGAUCGGAGAGCAACAACAGGAACAAUAGCGGUACGAGCAAGAACAGGAACACAGUCGGUGGUAACAAUAUCGGUAAAAUCGAAAAGCGUGACGAUCAGACACAACCCAGUUCAGAUUCGACUAAAGUCAGUCCAUAUCGAGAUGUGAAAGAAGGAGAAGCUGAGGAGGAUCAAUUGGCUUUGGACGUGAAGGGUUUGAAUUUAAGAGAUGAAGUUACAGAGAAUGGGAACAGCAAUGUUAAAAAGGCGCAGACUUUUACCUUUGAAGAACUCGCUUCUGCUACGGGAAACUUCAGGUCUGAUUGCUUCUUGGGCGAAGGAGGUUUCGGUAAAGUUUACAAGGGUUUCCUCGAGAAAAUUAAUCAGGUUGUUGCUAUCAAGCAACUUGACCGGAAUGGGCUUCAAGGAAUCAGGGAAUUCGUGGUUGAAGUGUUGACAUUAAGUCUGGCUGACCACCCGAAUCUCGUGAAGCUAAUCGGGUUUUGUGCUGAGGGUGAUCAAAGACUAUUGGUUUACGAGUACAUGCCUUUGGGAUCUCUGGAAAAUCAUCUGCAUGAUCUCCCUCCUGGUCGAAGCCCACUUGAUUGGAACAUCCGCAUGAAAAUAGCGGCCGGGGCAGCGAGGGGCUUAGAAUAUUUGCAUGACAGAAUGCAGCCUCCUGUCAUAUACCGCGAUCUGAAAUGUUCAAACAUCUUGCUCAGUGAUGGCUACCAUCCAAAGCUGUCUGACUUUGGCUUGGCCAAAGUGGGUCCAAGCGGUGAUAAAACUCAUGUUUCCACAAGGGUUAUGGGGACAUAUGGGUACUGUGCCCCGGAUUAUGCAAUGACGGGCCAACUCACGUUUAAAUCGGAUAUAUACAGUUUUGGAGUUGUCCUUUUAGAGCUCAUCACCGGAAGGAAAGCAAUUGAUAAUACGAGAGAGCGUAAAGAGCAGAAUCUGGUUGGAUGGGCACGGCCUUUGUUCAAAGACAGGAGGAACUUCCCAAAAAUGGUGGAUCCGUUACUACGGGGGCAAUACCCGGUGAGAGGACUGUACCAAGCCCUAGCAAUUGCAGCAAUGUGCGUGCAAGAGCAGCCUAACAUGAGACCGGUGAUAUCAGAUGUAGUCAUGGCACUGAACUACUUGGCUUCUCAGAAAUACGACCCUCACAGCCACAGCUCGAGGAGAACCUUGUCUUCUCAGGACACUGACACCGACAGAGACGAGAAAGACAGAACCAAGCAUGGAGUUUCUUCUUCCUAGGAACUACAGAAAAGAUGAAUCGCCGUUAGCUUUUUCUUCUUUCCGCCAUCUCUCUCCCAUGGAUGUACAUUUGAGUCGGGUUCUUUGUAUGUAGAAUGCUUCUCGUCUGUAGAAAACCAUUUUGUCUCGGGGCAUAUAUAUAUAUAUAACAGAUGUACAUAUACGUUUUCAUUA